CAAUGGAAUCCGACGACGACAACGUACGUGUCUUCUUCGCCUACGUCCAUUUACACAAGAAAUCGACAUCUCUACUGCUCCUAUCCAACAGCAUCAUGCUUGCAUAAAUACAACGGCGUGCCUCCUAUAGCAGCCAGCUAGCUAAGGUACCACCACGCACAGCCGCUGCAAUGAACACCACUUCUUGGUUGCUCCUUGUUUUGGUGCAGCUCGAUUGCUUCCACUGCUGCUACUCCGCCACUCAUCACCAUGGCCGGAAGCACGCUCGUCCACUACUAACCGCCCCUACCCCCGCCGCCGUCGCCACCGCCACCGUCGUCGGCUCCGUCGUCGUCGUCGUCCACUCCAGCAGCUCCGAGGCUACCACCGCCGUUUCAGGCACCCUGGUCGGAGUCCGCUGCCACGACGGGAACGGCCGGCCGGUCAUCCAUAAGGACGUCGUCACCGACCGGAGCGGCAAGUUCCAUGUCCACCUCGAGCGGCACGAGCCCAGCAGCAGCAGCCAGAAGCUCCAGUCCAUCACGUCCUGCUCGGUGGCGGUGCACCUCCCUCAGGCGCCGCCAUGCGUCGCCACCACCUCCGCUCGCGGGCUCCAUCUCAUCUCCCACACCAACCACAACAAGCACCACCACCACGGCGGCGGCGGCGCGCGCAUCUUCUCCGCCGGCGCGUUCGCCGUCCGCCCGGAGCUAUGCAGCCAGAAGGGCAUCUUCUUCCCGCCGGUCCCGCUGGUACCCGAGCCGCCCAACAUCGGCGGCGUGCCAAUCCCGCCGAACCCGGUCACGCCGGCCCCGCCGUCUCUCGUGCCGCCGCUCCUGCCUACUCCGUCUCCGCCGUCCGUCCUGCCACCGCUUGUCCCACAGCCGCCGCCGUCGUCGAUAGUACCGCCGUUGUUGCCGCCGUUGGUUAACCCGCCUCCGCCGCCGCCGCCGCCCCAGCUUCUUCCCCCCGUGCCGCUUCUCCCUCCGGUGGUUCCUGGCGUACCGCCGGCCUCCGCUUCUUCCAAGAACCGCCGCACGGGGAAUCCGUGAGGGAAAACAUCGGGUUGUCUUGCCUUUUUACAUUUACACGCACCUACGUACUGCCGUCGACUGUAAUUUUCUUGUUCCUCAACCUUACUGUAUUUACCCCUGGUUUGGUAUCAUGUUCAGUGAUGAAUUCUCUCUAGUCCA